UUUGUCUGGAGGACGUUGAAUCAUGUUCACCACGUUAACUCCAAAGGGCUUGUUGGAAUAGGUAAACGAAUUGCAGAUGUUGAAUCAUUGAUGCAAUUAGAAGCAACAGAUGUUCGCAUGAUUGGAAUAUGGGGCAUGGGUGGUAUUGGUAAGACAACUAUUGCACAAGAGGUAUAUGAUAAAAUGUGUUUUAAAUAUGACAGUUGUUGUUUUUUGGCUAACAUAAGGGAGGAGUCAGGGAGACAUGGAAUGAACUUUUUGAAGGAAAAGCUUUUUUCAAAAUUAUUAAGAGAAGAAAACAUGAAUAUUGGCACACCUGAUGGGUUCCAGAAGUUAGUCGAGAGAAGAUUUCAUCGCAUGAAGGUUCUUAUUGUUCUGGAUGAUGUCGAUGACUCAGAGCAGCUAGAAAAGUUAGCUAGAACAGAUUGGUUUGUCUAUGGCAGUAGAAUCAUUGUGACAACCAGAGAUAAACAGGUGCUUGCUACGGAGUCUGCAAAUGUAUACCAUGCUGAGGCCUUAAACUUUGAUGAAUCUCUGCGACUUUUCAAUUUAAAUGCCUUUAAGAAAAAACAUGUAGAGGCAGAGUACGAGGAGCUGUCAAAGAAAGCAGUUAAUUACGCCAAAGGCAUUUCGCUUGUUCUUAAAGUUCUGGGUCACCGUCUUCAUGGGAAAGAUAAAGAGAUAUGGGAAAGUGAAUUGGAAAGAGAAGGAGUGCACAACAAAAAGGUUCAUGAUAUUAUUAAAUCGAGUUACUAUGAUCUUGAGGAGGAUGAAAAGAGGAUGUUUUUGGAUAUUGCAUGUUUUUUUUACGGGCAGCAACUGCAGGUGAAGUACAUAGAUUUUUUAUUGAAAGAUCGUGAUUAUUCAGUGGUUGCGGGAUUGGAAAGGUUGAAGGAUAAAGCUUUUAUCAGUAUUUCUCAAGAAAAUACUGUAUCGAUGCAUGACAUUAUACGAGAAACCGCUUGGCAGAUUGCUGGCCAAGAAUCUAUUGAAGACCCCAGAAGCCAGGUUCGACUAUUUGAUCCUGACGACAUUUACAGAGUACUAACAUACAACAAGGGUAACGAGGCUAUCAGAAGCAUAGUCGUGAACUUGUUGAGAAUCAAACAACUACAUUUAAAGCCACAUGUAUUUACUAAGAUGAGCAAGCUCCACUUUCUGAAUAUUUACACUGCAGGAACUCGCGAUAUUCGCUUCUAUGAACCGUGGGGCUUGUAUCUUCAUCAAGGGCUUGAAUCUCUGCCGAAUGAGCUAAGAUAUCUUGGUUGGGCUCAUUAUCCUUUGGAAUCUUUGCCUUCAAACUUCUCUGCAGAAAAUCUAGUCGAGUUGCACUUGCCAUAUAGCCGGCUGAAAAAAUUAUGGCAAGAAGUGCCAGUAAAUAAUAUACGUAUUCCUUUUAAUCUAAAAUUAACAUUAAUCCAAGCAAAGUCUUGAAUAAUAUCUUUUUGCAACUGCUACAGGAUCUUGUGAAUUUAAAGGUCCUUAUGCUGUAUUCAUCCUCAAACAUAAAGGACCUG